UUGUUGAGGCUGUAUUGUUGUUGUUGAGGGUGUGUUGUUGAGGGUUUGGCUCUUGGGGCGCUCGAGAGCUGGUUCCUAUACGGAGUUUCUCUGUUAGUUAGUCGACGCUUCUCUCUCUCUCUCGAUCUGCCCGUGGAUCUAAACUUCACCACUCGGGAAAAACUCUCCUCUUCCGGACUGAACCAUGAGUCUGUACGGCUCUCAGCGGGGGCCGCCGACCACGACCCGGCGGAUGGGCUCGCGAAGCGACCUGGCUGGGGGGAGCGGUGACAGCUAUCAGCUAGUGCACAGCGGUAACAGAUACACGCAGGAGUUCAUGGAGGAGCAGAGUUUCAGUCUGCCCCGAGGAUCAGCGCGAUCACGAGGGCCACCCUGGGUUAUUAUCCAACAGAAAUCUUCCAUUCUCAAGGACCAGUUCCACGACUCCCUGCGUAAAGCAGAAUAUGUUUUACAAACAGGUGUAGAUGGAGGACGGGGUGCAUUUGAACAAUACAUGGCCUCUGCCAGAGAGAUCAUCGAACAGCUCAAGGGCCUUGCUGUGGAGCUCAAAAACACUGGGCAGUCCAAUGACAGUGUGGUCAUCAGUGUGGAACAGUGCAUUGAGCAGUUGACAGCAGUUCAAAUGGCUGCAAGUGGCUCUCUUCAGAGGAAAAGUGGAGGCAGCAGAGAAAAUGCAGACUGGGAUGAGCCUGGCAAAAACUUCCAUGAUGCCAUUGCUUGGAUCAAGCAACAGAAGCGUCUGAUCGAGACAUCACCGUGGGGAGAUGAUGCCAAUUCCAUAGAUCAGCAGAUAAUUAAUCAUAACAAAUAUCAUAGCACAAUCCAGAGAAGGAUGGAAGUGGAAAGGGCUCGAGAGGAACUGAUGGACAGAAGAGAUAAGGCCAACUUGUAUUUGCUUGAACAGGAAUGGGACAAUCUACAAAAGCUGUCAUUUGCACGCAGUGCUCAGCUGCGUGAGCUACAGAGCAUUAUUGAGGAGAUCUCUCGAGCGAUAAUGUGGGUAAAUGAUCGGGAGGAGGAGGAGCUGGUGUUUGACUGGGGCAACAAAAAUGUUGAUGUCUACAUACCCAACAAGCAGGGAAGCUACUCUAAACUGAUGAGUGAGUUGGAGGAGAAAGAAAAAGAUUUGAAUAAACUGAAGCUGAAGGUGGACAGCCUGCUGAUGAGGAAACACCCUGCCUCAGACAGGAUUGAGGCCUACAUGGAGACUCUUCAGACCCAGUGGAGCUGGCUCCUUCAGAUCACUAAAUGUAUCUAUGUGCAUCUGAAAGAGAAUGCAGCAUACAGCCAGUAUUUUUCUGAAGCAAAUGAGACAUAUAGCAAACUGCAGUGUCAGCAUGAGACCAUUCGCAGUAAAUUUACCUGUGACAAAACAACACCCCUGCAAAAUUUACAAGACUUGCUUAAAGAUCUGGAGAGAGAGCGUGACUGUCUGAUGGAGCAUAAGCAACAAGUACAGCACCUUGUGAGUAAAUCCAAGAGCAUUGUGAGACUGAGACCAAGAAACCCAGAGGACAAGAGCAGUGGUCCUGUUAUAGUACAGGCAUUGUGUGACUUUAGACAAGAUCAGAAGGUGAUCUGUAAGGGAGAUGAAGGAAUUCUAAAGGAUAACACUGUGCGCAGUGUCUGGCGUGUGACUGGACCUGGAGGUUUGGAUAUGCAGGUUCCCUCCAUCUGUCUGCUAGUGCCCCCACCCAACCCACUGUCCGUCAGCAUAGCCAACAAGAAUGAGCAGUAUUAUGAAGCUAUUCUAUCACUGUGGAACCAGCUUUACAUCAACAUAAAAAGCCUUAUCUCCUGGCAGUACUGCCUUCAGGACAUCAACCGCAUCAACUCCCUUACAAUCUCCAUGGUAAACCACAUGUACACAGCUUGUGUUCAUAAGAAAGGCCUUUUUCUCUCAAAUUUUGUUCGCUGUUGGGUCUAAAUCUGUGUUCGUGAGCCCUUCUC